AUGAAUUUCAUGAUGAUUAUAUUGUGGAAUGCGAUGGCUGUUAUGGGAGCCACAGACGAACUGUUCGAAAAGUUUAAAGUGGAAAUGGAACAUGGAAAAAGGUGGAGUGUCAGCGAAAUAGUAAAAAGAAAAGCUGUUUUUUUGGCGAACAUUGCCCACAUAAAUGAGUUGAACACGAAGUAUGGAGAGCAUUUUGGGGUAAACAAGUAUGCAUUGAUGACCACAGAAGAGAAGAGACACUUGAUGGGUAAAAAGGUGCCUGAAGAAUACAAAAAAUCGUACAAAAAGGCGAACCCGCCACAAUUCAAAAAGACAUCCCUACCAGAAUCGCUGAUAUUUUGUGGAAAUUACAACGUGAACAAUGGAAAGAAGUAUGACUACUGCGCGAGCAAAACACAAAACCAAGGCGAGUGCGGCUCGUGUUAUGCGUUUGGUGUUGCACAGUUGCUCGAGACAAAAUACGCAAUGAAGACGGGGAGGAAAGAACAAAUAUCGGCGCAACAGAUUUUGGAUUGUAACACAGGAAGCUCAGAGAGGUGUUGUGGUGGCUUUCCCCAAGAUGUUUUAAAACAUGUGAAAGGCUACACCACUGAGAAGGCGUACCCCUACAAAGAUUUUUACACUUCAAUGGACGAUUGUUCGAGAAACAAGUGCGAGAAAAAAAGUUCGGUGUUGAAGGUCAAGAGUUACAAGAGUUUCGACAACUGCUACACGGAGGAGUGUGUCAAAAGCGUUCUGAAUAAUUACGGGCCGUUUGUGACGUCAAUGUACGCGUCACAAGACCUCCAGUAUUACACACAUGGGGUAUUGGACUUGGACUGCGGCAACCCCAACAUAGGUACGAACCAUGUUGUUGUAGUUGUGGGAUAUGGUGUUGAAGGUGGUAAAGCGUUUUUGGUGAUCAGAAACAGUUGGGGAGAUAACUGGGGAGAAAAUGGGUAUUUCAGAAUAUCGUGGAACGAUCUUUGUGGCAUUGGCGGUAAUGACGCUGGCGCGAUGCCCACCAGUGUCCUGGUCGACAUCACAACUGAGAAACUGCAAAGUGGGGUGGUACCAUACUUUGCGUUGCUUGUGCUUUUUGCACUUUCGGUAAUGUAA